CGUCACAUAUCUAAACAGACGUGAGCUCUGCGGCUAACAGAGGAGACAUCGGUGUGGAGGGUUUUGUACGUUCUGUACGGAUUGAAACAAACUACAAAGUGACUUUACGCAGAUCAUUUGGAACGAKGUCGUUUAUUUUUUAUAUUUUCAUAAACGAAAAUCUAAGAAGACAGGGGGAGCAGAUUAUAGUAAAUAAAUAAACAUCUUGUCAACUGAAGAUAAUUUGUAGAAAUGGAGUUUCCAGARUUGGGAGAACACUGUUCUGAGAAAACCUGCAAACAACUAGAUUUUCUUCCAAUGAGAUGUGACGCCUGUGAAGAAAUUUUCUGUAAGGAUCACAUAACCUAUGCAAACCACAAAUGCACAUCAUCUUACAAAAAGGAUAUCCAGGUCCCAGUGUGCCCAUUAUGUAACACCCCAAUUCCCAUCAAGAGAGGAGAGAUGCCUGACAUUAAAGUUGGUGAGCACAUUGAUCGUGACUGCAAAUCAGACCCUGCACAAAGAAAACGAAAGAUCUUCACAAAUAAAUGUUCUAAAGGUGGCUGUAAACAGAAAGAAAUGAUCCGAGUMACCUGUGAUCAGUGUCAUUUAAACUACUGUCUUAAACAUCGACACCCUUUAGACCACGAUUGUAAGACCGAUGGGAAACCUCUGUCCAAAUCUGGACAUGCUGCUGUAAUGAGGUCCCAAGGUGGUGCUACUUCUUCUGCCUCUGGCUCUCGCUCAUCUGGUUCAGGAAACCACAGACCUGUUUCAAAUGGUGUGAGUUCAAACAGGGCUCACAGCACUGGCUCUCUUCAGCAGAUUCCUGCUUCUGUUUCAGCACAAAAUGUAAUCCCACCCUCAGCAURGUUUCAGGCCGGCAUGACAGAGGAACAGGCUUUACAACGAGCACUGGAGAUGUCUUUGGCCGAUUCGAGGCCGACCGUGCAGCCGACUCUAAGCCCUCAGGAACAGGAAGAUCUGGCUCUGGCUCAGGCUCUCGCUGCCAGCGAAGAAGAAUUCAGACGCCAGCAGCAGAGACAACAGGUACCCGGAAAGCUUAUGCAUCACUAGCAUGCUAACAGGAGCACAUGUAGGGGAGGGAGUCCAAACAGUCUACCUGCCGCCUUUCUUAAUCUCUAAGCACCACUUAUGUUUCAAGCUGUGCUAAUUAUGUCCAAGGAGAUGCACAUCUGAAACGUCCCCAUCGAAGAUGGAGGGAUUUUUUUACAUGAAGAACUACCACAUAGCCGAGAUAAUGCCGCCUUCUACGCAUAAAAGCACAUCCACUUUUCAGCAGGAUCUGUCAUUUUUACUGAUUAGUUGCUCUUGUAAAUAUUUUCUAAAAUCAAUCACAAUGAAUCUAUUAUAUUGCCACAUAUGAAUAUUGAAUAAAUUAAAGCUGCUCUUACA